AUGGUGACCAAAUCUGAAAAGGAUGAGAAAAAAUACACCAGAGAGCAAAGAAUGGUCCUCAACUACAGGAAUAUGGCAUUCAUUUUCUUAUUCUGUUUUACCAUGGCCGGAUUUUGCAUUCCGUUCCCAAAACUCCACCUUCCCACUUUACUCGAUAGAGUUGUGUUUACACUACGAUGGUUAAUAGUUUCACUUGUUACGAUCUGUACUGGUGUCGUCGUGGUUGGAAAUACAAGAUUCAAGACCUCCGCUAUCAACCCACUGGACCCUGAAGAGAGAAAGUACGCGGAGCUACCACAGAGGUACCUUCAAAACACUCUGGAACAGUUCACGCUUCACUCGUUUAGUCUGUUUGCAUUGUCGACUUAUCUUUCUGAAGAGAACAUGCAUUGGAUCCCGUUGUUGGUUGCGCUCUUUGUCAUAGCAAGAGUGGUAUUUUUUGUAGGGUACUUCAUUGAGCCUAUAAAGAGAAUUCCGGGAUUUGUUCUGACUUUUCUCCCAACAUUGGCUGUCGGUGGAUAUUGUUUGUACUGUAUGUGUGUGUACGGAGUACAAACACCUCACUCAACCGGAACUGAAAGCUCUUGGCAUCCACCUCCUGCACGCCACUGA